AUGCUGGUGACCUAUUUGGAAGCCAGCCGGGACCUUUGCGAGACGGGCUCGAUUCUCUUUGGAGCCGCAGUGGCAGUUUGCCGUAUUAUUGGCGCCAAACUUCCCGUGGCUGGACGCGCUACUAGACAAAGUAGCGCCAUCCCAGCCUGGAGAAAAAGAAUCGAGGACCGUAUCGCAAAGGCAAGGGCCUUUAUCGGCAGACUGACAAGCUUCAGAUCGGGUAAUAAUAGACCAAGAAUUGUGCGCACCGUAAGGAUGGCGUUUGCUGGGACAAAUGUCAGUUUGUCCCAGCGAAAAGCAAAAAGGGAGCGCAAAUCGCUGCUUGAGGGAAGCGGAUUCGACGAUUUUCCGAGGGUUCAACACGGUUCAACCAGAAUCGUCUCUUCCAGAGUGAUCAGAAGAGGCUCUAUAAAUCAUUGGAGCGACCAAAGGUAUGUGGAAUGGGCCAAGGACCGGAUGAGGCUGACAUUAUCGCAUUCUGGCAUGGCCUGUGGUCAGAGCCCGUAA